GACGGGUCCAGGGCAUCGAGAGCAGCACCAACAGGCGGUGAGUGGGAAUGCCCAGCUUCAGUUUGAAGAGGGUUAAAAAAAGCGACUCCCCCUACUUCUUGCCUCCUUAAAACACACACUGGGGUUUAGCCAUGGGCAGCCGCGACCACUUGUUCAAAGUGCUGGUGGUGGGGGACGCCGCAGUGGGCAAGACGUCGCUGGUGCAGCGAUAUUCCCAGGACAGCUUCAGCAAACACUACAAGUCCACGGUGGGAGUGGAUUUUGCUCUGAAGGUUCUCCAGUGGUCUGACUCAGAGGUGGUGCGGCUCCAGCUGUGGGAUAUUGCAGGACAGGAGCGCUUCACCUCUAUGACACGACUAUACUAUAGGGACGCUUCUGCCUGUGUUAUUAUGUUUGACGUUACCAAUGCCACUACCUUCAGCAACAGCCAGAGAUGGAAACAGGACCUGGACAGCAAGCUCACAUUGCCCAAUGGAGAGCCCGUGCCCUGCCUGCUCUUGGCCAACAAGUGUGAUCUGUCACCUUGGGCAGUGAGCCGGGACCAGAUUGACCGGUUCAGUAAAGAGAACGGUUUCACAGGUUGGACAGAAACAUCAGUCAAGGAGAACAAAAAUAUUAACGAGGCCAUGAGAGUCCUCAUUGAAAAGAUGAUGAGCAAUUCCAGAGAAGAUAUCAUGUCUUUGUCCACCCAAGGGGACUACAUCAAUCUACAAACCAAGUCCUCCUCCAGCUGGGCCUGCUGCUAAUAGUGUUUGGCUUGUUUUCCAUCCCAGUUCUAGGAGGUCUUUCCAUCUCUUUCCUUUGAUUGCUCACCUAGCAGUUUUAUUAAUUACGUUUGAACUGUCUCCUUCCAACUGUCCAGUAAGGAGGUCCAUGAUCACUUAGAAAAAACACCUGGGACCCAGGUGCAUUUCUGCAUCUCCUGGGUGUCGGCUUUGACUUGCUGCUGGCUCAUGUGACUAGUUAGCGCCUUCAGUAUAAGAAAGAUCAUCUCAUCCUUCAAUUUUUGAUCUGGAAUUUUGUGGAAAGAUUAGAAAUCCACAUCUGUGUUUUUAAGGAGUAUGAUCCUCACUUACUUUUAAGCUUAUUUUUCCAUUUGAUGUACACUGAUAUCAUGACUUCAGAUUGAGAGGAAAAUGAGAUCAAAUGUUAUUCCCCAAAUUCCUUAUAGGCCAUUGCUUUCAGAUUCUUUCUGUCUUGGAAUUUAAGCAUCUACUAAUUCUGAGAUGCAGAGGAGGGGGUCUAGACAUCAAUGGGUUUGGGGCUACUGGAGGCGACCCAGAAGUCACUGUAUUUUUGAAACUUCUAAAGUUAUAAUUAACUUUCUCUUGUCUUGGCUUCAAGAAUAGUCAAGCUUUU